CUUCUGUUUGAGUUUGACGUGCACGACAUUUAGCAAAUUAUCAAGUGUCAGAAUUAGAUUCGAAAUUCAAAUGUCACAAGAUUAAUUGAUGCAAUAUCAAUUCCAUUGAUAAAUCUAAAGUCCAAUCCAAACUCCAAAGUCCAUUGACAAACAAAACAAUAAUAAAAAUUAAUUAAGUUUAAUUAUAUUAAGGACACAGUUAUUAUGAGUUAUGACGUUACGCUCAUUAAGUCAUUUGUUAUCACCAGCAACUGUGAUAUUAAAGAAUUAUAUAAAUAGUGCUGGCUCAUGUGAUUGAGUUAUGUAUGUGUUAAACAGUAGUUUACAUUCAUAAUAUUAUAUAAAACCAAUACGAACAGAUCGAACUUAUAAGACAAUCUUAUCACAACGAAAUAAAAAAAGAUAAAAAGCUGAGCUGAUUAUAAACAUUAAUGUGAGUUUACUUCUAUAGAAAUUUAUAUUAUUUUUACUACAAAACCCACAAUGCAGAUAAAAACAAAAUUAUUGAAAACAUUAAUUUUGGGGGCUCCUGCAUCAGGAAAAGGAACAAUAUCAUCUCGAUUAGUAAAAAGGUAUGGGCUUGAACAUGUUUCAAGUGGAGACAAGUUGAGGGACCACAUAGAAAAGCAAACAGAUCUUGGCAAAAAAGUUAAAAGUUACUUAAAUGAAGGCAAGCUGGUACCUGAUGAUGUAAUGAUAAAUUUUAUGGUAACAGAAUUGAAGCAAGUAGAAAAUAAACCAUGGUUAUUAGAUGGUUUUCCUAGGACAGUAACACAGGCUGAUACCCUGUGGAAAGUUAAACCUGUUGACAUUGUACUUAACCUUGUAGUUCCAUUUGAAGUUAUAAUAGACAGAGUGAAAAACCGAUGGGUACAUUUACCAUCUGGGAGGGUCUAUAAUAUAGGUUUUAACACACCUAAAGUGAUGGGAAAAGAUGAUGAGACUGGAGAAGCUUUAAUGCAGAGGGCUGAUGAUAAGCCAGAGGCUGUAAAGAAACGCUUAGAGAUUUAUGAAAGUAUGACAAAACCAGUCAUUGAUUUUUAUAAAGGAAAGGGUAUUAUUAAAAACUUUGAAGGCAGAACAUCUGAUGAAAUAUGGCCUAAAAUUACUGACUAUAUGGAUAAUUUGUUGAAAAAAACAUAAGUUUUUUAACAUUAACUGACAUUGAAAAGGUAAAGUAAAUUACAUUAAAUGUAAGGUAAAGUAAAUUUUUUAGAAACAUGAUUUUGAUACAUAUUUACUAUACAAUGUCUUCCAAUAUAUAGCACAAAAAUAAGUAUUACUUUAAUUGUGUUAUUAAUUACAUAUUAUAUGAUAUUGUCUUCUCAUGGCAGUUGAUCCUAGUCAAUAUGUUUACAAAUAUUGUAAAUAGUAAUUAUGUUGCACAAAGUACCCAAAGAUUGAAAAAGCUAACUGGCAUGCUCAACACUUAUAUUAUAAUGGAAGAAUAACUUUUAACAGACAUACUUGUUGUACCUCGAACCAUUAAUAUUUAGGAUAGUAAGGCUAAUAUUUAGACAGUUUCAAGGAUAAUUGUAAAAUUUAUAAAAAUAUAUUUUGUGCUUGUUAGCCUAAGUAUAAUUUUUUACGUAAUCAUGUAAUAUUGUAUUUGAAUACUGAAUCAAUUUUGAUCUAGAUUGGUUAAUCUAUAUAAAUUUUAAUUUCUAAAGUUUAAAAAUACCUAUUAUUCACCUGUGCCUUAUAUCUAAAUACUUAUUAAUUUUAAUGGUGUCUCUAAGAUGAUGUACUGUAUUUUUAUCUUGUAUAAUGUUUUUGAAUUUUUUUUUUAUUUGACCCAUUAGGUCAUUACAUUGUUUUAUAAUCAGUGAUUGUUUCUAUAUCUAAUUAAAACUACUUGUUGGAGUUUGUAAUGACAAACGGUAAGGAUUGUUGUUAUUGUUGCUGUAGUUUAAAAUUUUAGAGAGGUGUUAUUAAAUUUGAUAUAAUAUA